AUACUAAUUAUUUACUCUUUUUCCCACCGUAAAUGAAUUAGUUUUAUAAAGGGGUUUUUUCCAUUAGUUAUAUUUAUUAAUUUCCUUCUUUUAUUUUUUAUUUUUAUUUUUUAAUUUUCGGAGGUGAUACUCGCGUAAUUCAAGAUCUCUUCCAUUGUCAAUUGUUCCAAACCCAACCGUACUCUCUCUCUCUCCGCCUAUCGUCUUCUCCCCUCGCCUGCACUGCAAACCCUAUGAACUAGUGCUGGACAAGGCCAAUGACAAUCGGCCAUUACAGCUUUGCAGGAGAGGAUUCCUAAGGCUUUGCAUGUGUAUUACUUAUGCUGUUAGCAAAGACCUGCUUCUGGGAAUUGAUACCAAAAGCUGUUGGAUGAGUGCAGUCCUAUGAAGGGGGGAUGCACUUUUCUUAGAUGUUUGGUCAUGCGGAUCAUCUUUAUGACUUCUUUGAUUCAACUUGGAGAUAUUGCUCUUUUUUAAGUGGAUGGAUUGGCAGUUUAAUCUCAAAAAACUGCACGGAUGUGAUUGGCUUACCUGCAAGGAACUCACUUUCUAAGUUGGUUAAAGAAAGGGAAACUCAAUUCUCAACCUUCAUGGCUCAAAGGGAAUUUAUAGAUAUUAGUUCAUCGGAUAGUGAUUUAGAGAUAGAAGAAAGGGAAUAUGGCAACAGCAGAGUUCUUCCAAGCUCGCUAUCUGGACCUGGCUCAAAUCCAAGGAGUAGAGAUUAUUCUGGGCAGUUUAGAAAGGUGCCUUCUCCUAGAAGAGCAUAUGCUUCUAAUGGCAACUCUCCUAAUGUUAAUCAGCACACACAGGUGAAACAGAAUUUUAAUCCCAGUUCAAGUGAUGAUAUAAGAACCUCAAAUCGACAUGCUGCUCGAGCACAUAAUGAUAAUGUGGAACGGCCUCAGAGUAAUCAUUCGCAAAGUUCUAAUAUUUCUCUUAAGGACUAUGAGGCUCAGAAGAGGACCCUUCCACAAUCUAUGCAGCUAUCGGGACCGAGUACUUACACAAGCAAUGGCAAGGGCCUUAUGAGAGACUAUUCUAGUAGGGGCUAUGACACCGAAUUUAAUAGGUCUGAAAGCAGUGGGAGUAGGGGCCAGCCUCCCUCUUUCAUGCAUGGAAAGUCAUUUUCCGCUUCACAGUUUGCGAGUUCAAGUGACCCUGCAUACCAUUCUGGGACAGGUGACGAAAGGGUUGCUGGCAGUGAUGAGAGACUGAUAUAUCAAGCAGCAUUAGAGGAUCUCAAUCAACCAAAAGUUGAAGCUACUUUACCUGAUGGUCUUCUGUCGGUCCCUCUUCUACGACAUCAGAAAAUUGCUCUGGCAUGGAUGCUUCAAAAGGAAACUAGAAGUCUGCAUUGUCUGGGUGGAAUCUUAGCAGAUGAUCAGGGCCUUGGUAAGACCAUUUCAAUGAUUGCCCUUAUACAAAUGCAGAAGUAUUUGGAUUCAAAGUCAAAAUCUAGAGAUUUAGGCAAUCAGAAAACUGAGGCUUUAAAUUUGGAUGACGAUGAGGACAAUCCCAACGGUGGUUUGGAUAAAUUGAAUAAAACUGAGGCACCUGAUCAUCUUCGAUCAACUCCAGAAGUUAGUACAUCUUCACGAUCAAUCAGAAAGCAGAGGCCAGCAGCGGGUACAUUGGUUGUGUGUCCAGCAAGUGUUCUUCGACAGUGGGCUAGGGAGCUGGAUGAAAAGGUUGUAGAGGAAGCAAAGCUGCGUGUUAUUAUUUAUCACGGAGGCAGCCGGACGAAGGUUCCUGAAGAACUGGCUAGCUAUGAUGUGGUUCUCACAACAUAUGCUAUUGUAACCAAUGAAGUCCCAAAACAACCUUUAGUUGAUGAUGAUGAACCUGAUGAGAAAAUGGAGGAAACUUAUGGAAUACAUUCUGAUUUUUCAAGUAAUAAGAAGAGAAAAAAGGCUUCGAUUAUUAAUAAGAAGGGAAAGAGGGGCAAAAAGGGAAUUGAUAGUUCCUCUAUUGAUUGUGGUUCUGGGGCACUUGCAAAAGUGGGUUGGUUUAGGGUGAUACUAGAUGAAGCUCAGACGAUUAAGAAUCACAGAACUCAAGUGGCUAGAGCGUGUUGUAGCCUUCGAGCAAAAAGAAGGUGGUGUUUGUCUGGUACUCCUAUACAAAAUACAAUUGAUGACUUAUACAGUUACUUCAGAUUUCUUAGAUAUGACCCCUAUGCUGUAUAUAAGUCAUUUUACAGUACCAUUAAGGUUCCAAUAUCAAGAAACUCAAUCCAAGGUUACAAGAAGCUCCAGGCAGUUCUGAGGGCUAUAAUGUUGCGUCGAACAAAAGGAACAUUGAUCGAUGGGCAACCUAUAAUUGAAUUACCACCAAAAACAAUAAACUUGAGUAAAGUGGAGUUCUCGCCUGAGGAGCGGGCCUUUUAUACCAAGCUAGAAGCCGAUUCACGCACUAAGUUCAAGGCAUAUGCCGCUGCUGGCACAGUAAAUCAAAAUUAUGCAAAUAUUCUUUUGAUGCUUUUGCGCCUCCGGCAAGCUUGUGACCACCCUCAGCUUGUUAAAGCGUAUGACUCAGACUGUGUUGGGAAAGAUUCUGUGCAAAUGGCAAGGCGACUCCCAAAGGAUAUGAUAUCCCAUCUUUUGCAUCUUCUGGAAACUUCAUUGGCUAUUUGUCGUGUAUGCAAAGAUCCACCUGAAGACCCUGUUGUUACUAUGUGUGGCCAUGUAUUCUGUUAUCAGUGUGUUUCGGAAUAUUUGACGGGUGAUGACAAUACAUGUCCUGCUGCUGAAUGUAAAGAACAAGUUGGUUCUGAUGUUGUUUUCUCCAAAUCCACUCUCAUAAGUUGCUUCUCCAAUAAUCUUGAUGGUACUCGGACGAAUUCUGAGUUGGGCGAGAAAUCAAUAGUGUUACAGAAUGAGUAUAGUUCAUCUAAAGUCAGAGCUAUUAUUGAGAUUUUGCUUUCACAUUUGGAACAUAACUGUGCUGGAAGCAAUGGAGACCCUGCUUUUGGAACCGAAAUCACAGAUAGUAGAUAUUCUGGCGUUUCAAGCUCACCAAAUAGUGGACCAAUAAAAACGAUUAUUUUUUCCCAGUGGACUGGCAUGUUGGAUUUAGUUGAAACAUCAUUGAACGAGUAUUGUAUUCAGUACAGAAGGCUUGAUGGGACAAUGAGUCUGGCAUCAAGAGACAGGGGUGUCAAAGAUUUUAACACUGAUCCUGAGAUCACUGUUAUGCUCAUGUCACUAAAGGCUGGAAACCUUGGUCUAAACAUGGUUGCAGCAUGUCAUGUUAUCCUUUUGGACCUGUGGUGGAAUCCAACCACUGAAGAUCAAGCUAUUGAUCGGGCACAUAGAAUUGGACAGACCCGACCUGUUACUGUAACACGUCUCACGAUUAAGGAUACAGUGGAGGACAGGAUAUUAGCUUUACAGGAAGAAAAGAGAAAAAUGGUGGCAUCUGCUUUUGGUGAAGAUCAUGGUGGGGGCUCUGCUACACGCCUGACUGUUGAGGAUCUGAGAUACCUAUUUAUGGUCUAAGAACACAACCAAGCGAUUCACAAUCGUGUUUCUGGCAUUAGUAUCUUUGCUGAUUCAAAGAAAAAGCUGGUCUAGAAACAAAUAUUUAGAACUAUGAACCAGGAUCCUGUUAAAUUAAGGAUGCAUGAAAUCAGUAGUAGCAGCAGUAGUAGUAGGGCACUGCCCGAUAUUGUAGGCUCGCAUGGGACUAAUGGGUGGAUUUGCAUCCGAACCUGCAUCUGUUUUUUUUGGGGGCUUUUUCCCGGGCCGAAGAAGGCAUUUUUGUUCCCAACAAGUGGCGAGUAGCGAGUGAGCAUAGGGCUAGGGCUAGGGGACUUGCUGUAAAUAUUUUCUAAUUUAUUUUAUUGUACAAAAGAGUGUACUAGUAGUAUAGCUUCCUUUGUUUUAGUUUUGUUAACAACAUGGAUGAUAAAUGUUGUUUUAUGAAAUAUUAUUUGCAAUUAUAUCUUGGUAAAAUCAUUUAAUU